UUUAAACCGAAGCCGCGGCCCAGGGCACCUAGAGAAUGAUGUUAUAGUUGCAGAGGAACAGCCGGUGCACGGGAGGCCGAAAGCUCAUGGAACCCGCGAAUGUGAUACGGCGGCCUUAAAGGAGUACGGAGGCCGAGAAAGAGCCGAGAAUUUGAGGAGGGAGCCGGGAAAGGGCGACGAUUGCCUUGAACUGGAGAGUUCAAUGGCUGAGAGUAGGCUCCGGGCUCCGGACCUAGGGGCUCAGCUAGGAGUUUCCAGUUGUCUGGGAAAAUGCCCGAAGAGCUCACCGGAUGCUGGGAGGCAGCCCUUUUCUGGAAAGUCCUUUUACUUGGAUCUGCCCACUGGCAAGAACCUACAGUUUUUGACGGGGGCCAUCCAGCGGCUGGGCGGGGUAAUUGAGGGGUUUCUGAGCAAAGAAGUAAGUUACAUCGUGUCCAGCCGCAGGGAGGCAAAGGCCGAGAGCAGCGGGACAAGUCACAGAGGCUGCCCCAGCCCCAGCGAGGUCACAGUGGAAACACUGUCCGUAGCCAGCCCAAAAGGCAGCCGUGCCAGCCCCGCACAGAAAGCUGUGGACUCGGUGCCUCUGAGCAGAGGGAAGGAGCUCCUGCAGAAGGCCAUCAGGAACCAGGGCAGCGGCGGCGGAGGCGGUGGCGGGCGCGGCAGCAGCCUCCUGAGCAACGCCCGCUCCUGGGGGGUGCGGAUUCUCCACGUGGAUGCAGGUGCAGAGAUGACACGUAGCCAGAAGGUGGCAGGCAAGGCUGGUGUGAUCCAGCAAGCCAGGCCGGGUGAGAAGUUUAGUCCCCCAGCCCCAAGAUGGGGCUGUGCUGGGGAAAUGAGGAGAGGAAGCCUUCGGCUGCAGCCCUCUGUUUCCUCCACAGAAAUGAUGAUGCAUGUGCAGCAGCUGUCUCUUGAUGCACCAUGUGUGAAGAAGCAAGGGCCAAAGAAGCCAGAGGGAACAUGUCCAGCAGAGUCAAGAACACGGAAAGAGCUCAGGCCCCACACCGGAGCAGACAGAUGGCUAACGGGCACACUCUUCCUUCCAGUGGCCAGACUGAAGGCACCGUUCCUCAAAGUCGAAGAUGAGAGCAGGAAGUUUCGUCCUUUCCACCAUCAGUUUAAAUCCUUUCCCGAAAUUUCUUUUCUGGGACCCAAAGACGCAAGUCCCUUUGAGGCCCCGACGACUCCGGGCAUCCCGCAGCAUACCAGAGAAGCCAGGGACCAGGAGCCAAGCCGGCGAUCGGCCGCCUGCACGGUGCCCAGGAGGAAGAAGGGGUACUGCGAGUGCUGCCAAGAGGCCUUCGAGGAGCUGCGCGGGCAUCUUCAGAGCCCCCAGCACCGGGGCUUUGCCCUGGAAGCCCGCCCGUACGCCGAAGUGGAUCGGAUCAUCGCCCAGCUGGGCCACAGCUUUGCGGACAUCCCCUUCCAGGCCAGCCUCCCCGGGCAGCCAGGCUCCUUGGCUUCCGAUUGUGACCCUCUGUGUCCUGAGACUCCGCCUCCCAGCCAGCCAUCCUAUCUCAGGGCAGCAUCUCCCAGGAGGAGGAAAGAAGACGAUCACCAGGCCCCAGGUGCCUCAGAGCAAGAUGGGACAGUGGGCGGCAUGAAAGCACCAGCUGAACCUGUGGAGGCUGGCAAGAUACCUGGACCAAUAGCAAGCCGCCAGGAGCCGGGAGGGUCGGCUGAUGUCUCUGUGGACCCCCGAGAGACACCAGUGUCCAGGAGCCCUGCUUACCAGUGCCUGCUGACCAGCUCUGGAUUUGCUGAACUCUCCUCUGGCCCAGACCUGGCACUUGUUGGCCACAAGCGGAAGGUUCAGUUCCCCAGUGGCAAUGCCGAGAAGAGGCCAGGGGUGUCCUGGCCACAGGCCUCAUUCUUCGUCCCGAGAGCCCCCAGCCCCUGUGGCACCAGGACAGCCAGUGGCAAGCAUCUUCCCUCCCUUCCCCUUCCAGGCCAUGAGCCCAGGCCUCUGGCCUCCCUCCAGCCCGUGUGCCACCAGCAGACCUGCCUGUCCCUCCCGGGCCCCUUUCCCGGGCAGCCCACAGACAGGCCAGCAGAGUUCUGGGCCACACAGGCCCCCUGGCCUGGGGGAGGAUGGCCCCCAGGAUCUAAGGAUUCUGAGUGCGCAGCCUCUGGCCCUGUCUCCCAGCAGGCUGAGCAGCUGCCCAGCGGCCCCGCAGCUCCAGGCCAGCUGCCAGCCCACCUGCACUCAGCUGCGGGCACACAGACCCCAGGAGGACCUGCAGAGAGCCAGGCUACCUCUCUGCCCCCGCCCCUUCCAGCCAGCCGGGGGGCCAGCCGCUCCCGAUGGUCCUGGACCCCCCAGCCUCUCCCUGUCUCCCAGUCCCAACCCCAGCCCAGUGCCAACAGAGAACUACUCCUGUGAGUCCCCCCAGGCACGCAGCUCUGGGGCCAGACAGCUCCCGACUCAGGGCAAGUUCCACCUCUGCUGAGCGCUGCACACCCAGCCCGGGCUGACCGGGCACACGGGGAGGAGCUGCGCCAGGGGCCUGGCCCUUGAAGUCCACGUGAACAGCUGUGGUCAUGGCCAAGCUCUGUGGGGUUGACGGGGCCAGGCCUCCCACCCGCCAGGUCUUCAGGUGGGACCAAGAGGGUCUGGGCUGGGGGCUGCCCUCUCCCCUUCCUCCAGCCAUGGCUUGUGCAGCCACGGCCAGCUGCCCAGGCCAGGAGGCAGAGGCAAGGUUGGCAUAGGGAGAGCCCACAGAGAAGCUAGAGCAGCAGGCGCCAUGGCCUGGCUUACCGUCCCUCUGCAGGUACUUGCUCUGCAGAGCCAAGAGGGUUAGUUGUCGGUGUUCACAACCACCCCCCCCCAGCCUCCUUUCCCACAAGCAUGUGGCUCUCCUGCUUUCUGAGAUGUGUUGUCCCCUCCCCCAGCCCCCCACGCUGGUGCACACAGAUCCUCAGGAACAUAUGAAGCAGAGGAGGGGCUCGGCUGUGCACUUCCAGAGCUCCCUCCCUGCUGCACUUAGUGGGGGCCCGGCACUGACCUCUCCCCUGAGCCCAGGAUGUAGCCAGAGCCCCCUCUGGGGACCCCUCUCAGCUCUUCCCUGCCGCCUAGCUCUGGCUGCCCACCCAGAGUUCAGUUCCAGUGUCAGUGGCUCACCUGCCAACUUCUGCAAUCACCCUCCUCCCUCUCUCCUUCCCCAAGGACCUCCCCCCAUUUCUUUCAGGCAAGCCAUUAAUCUGGAGACAGAGAUGAGUUUGCUAUCGAUUCUUUGGCCACUUUUUUUUUUUUUUUACAUUUUGUACUGUGGUUCCUCUCACCCUUCUCUGCCUCUGUGUGUUUCUCUCUUUAAAUGUGGGGCUACCAGAAGGCUGGUGCUAUUCUGUGUCUCAUUUUGGAGGAAGAAAGGGGGGCCUACCUGCAGGUGAGGACCUGAGUUGUUAGUUUGGAAAUAGAGCAACUAUGUGUGCAACCCUCACAGAGGUCGUGUUUGUCCUUUUUAUGCCAUCCUGUUAAAUUUCACAAUUAAUCUUGGUUCAGGAGAUGUAAAAUAAAUUUGUUAAUAACAAAUAGCAAA